AUGCGGCGUUAGUGUUUCUGAUUGCCGUAAAGCAAUCAAAUUUUCAUUUGCGAGAAAAACUAUUUAAAAAGAUUAAUUCGUGAAUUUUUAUGAUUCAACUCUUCUAAUUAGAUCUUUAACUCUUUUUUUAUGUUCCAUUUAAAGCGUCAAAUGCUUACAAAAAUUUAUAAAUUCUAUUCAAUACAUCGAAGCACUCGCUCUAAUAAUACUUAAUUUCUCAUUAAUUUACAUUAAAAAUGUGAAUCAAAAUUGUUUUUAAAUAUAGUUAGAAAAUGAUUCAUUACAAAUGCAGACAAGGUUUUUAUCCAUCAAGCAAUGUAAAACGUUUCGAAGUACCUGAAAAUAAAGUAGCAUGGUACAUUGAAUAUUCAGAAUAUAAACCAAUUGAAUAUACCGCCCCGAAUAUUAAAAGAAAACCAUGGGCCGAUCCAGAGAUCGGUGAAAUUUCAUUUAAACCAAAUUGGAACACUAUUGAUGGAAACGUGAAUCGUAAGAGUUUCACAAGUGACUAUGUUAUAAAUAAGAAUGGUUAUCCUUUAAACCCCAUUGGUCGAACUGGUAUCAUUGGACGUGGACUUUUAGGACGAUGGGGACCAAAUCAUGCAGCAGAUCCAAUUGUAACUCGUUGGAAACAAGAUAUUACAAGUGUUGCAGAAGUAAAUAAAGAUACAAAAAAGCCAAUUUUACAAUUUGUUGCUAUACAAAGGCAAGAUUCUGGAGAAUGGGCUAUUCCUGGUGGAAUGGUUGAUCCAGGUGAAACAAUUUCAGCAACUUUAAAAAGAGAAUUCAUGGAAGAAGCUAUGAAUUCUCUGAAAAAAAAUAAAACUGAAAGAGAAAAAUUGGAAAAAUCUAUGAGGAAAUUUUUUGAACGAGGAGAAGAAAUUUACAAAGGAUAUGUAGACGAUCCUCGAAACACAGACAAUGCUUGGAUGGAAACUGUAGCUUUAAAUUUUCAUGAUCAGAAUAACAGUGUUGUUGGAAAUAUAAAGUUAGUAGCUGGUGAUGAUGCACGCAAUGUAAAAUGGAUGGAUAUUGAUAGAAAUCUAAAUUUAUAUGCUAAUCAUAGUGAGUUUAUUAAAAAAACAACAGUAAAACUUGAUGCACAUUGGUGAGGAUUCUAAAAAUCUAAAUGAAUAAAACAUGUGUUUUCAUUUUUUUAUUGAACAUUUCAAAAAUUAAACACAUUUGUAUACAUAUAGAAAAACAUGAAUUUGUACACAUCACUUUAUACAAUAAGAAUGAAAUUAUAUAUUACAAAAUGAAAAUAAUGGUAAUUAUCACAAGCUUAUAUUUGUUAUGUCAAUUAUGUCUGUGUAUCCCAUAAGGUUGAAUUAAUUGAUAAUGUAUUCUAAAUACAAUGCAUGUAUAAUGAUA